AUGUUGGCGCCCGCCCCUCCACUCCGCCGCCGCCGCCUCCUCCACCCAAUUCCCUUCGCCCCGACCUCCGCCGUCACCGCUCCCGCCGCCCUGUCGCCCCGAAAGCCGACGCCUUUUCGCCUCCGAGCCCUUCGACGGCCCUCCCCGCCUGACGCCGCGGCGGCCGUUGGUUCUCUUACCGACGACUGCUUCGACUUGCUUCGCUUCUCCGUGGGGUGCGGCGACGUCGACCUCGCCAGAGCCGUGCACGCUGUGUUCCUCAGGCUCGAGCUCGAGGAGAAUCCCAGUUUGGGCAAUGCUCUCAUCGUGGCCUACCUCAAGCUUGGCCGCACUUCGGAUGCUUACGGCGUCUUCGGUGGGCUGUCGCGUCCCAACGUGGUUUCUUACACGGCCGUCGUCUCUGGUCUCGCUAAGGCGGACCGAGGACUCGAAGCGGUGGAGGUUUUCUUUAGAUUGAUGGGUUCAGGUAUUCACCCGAAUGAGUAUAGCUUCGUUGCGAUUCUGACCGCUUGUAUACGGCUAACUGAAUUGGAGCUGGGCGUGCAAGUCCAUGCUUUGGUGGCUAAAACGGGUUAUUUAGAAAGCACUUUCGUUUCGAAUGCACUUAUGGGUAUGUACAAUAAAUGCGAGUGCCUGGAUUCUGCUCUUGCAUUGUUUGACGAAAUGCCUAAGAGAGACGUUGCUUCCUGGAAUACUGUAGUUUCUGGAUUGGUGAAGGCCCAAAUGUACGAGAGAGCGUUUGAAUCUUUUCGGCAAAUGGACCAAAUUGAUGGUUUUAGAGUCGAUCAUAUGACCCUUUCUGUGCUCUUGACUGCCUGUACUGACACUGGUAGUUUAAUUAGAGGAAAAGAAAUUCAUGCUCAUGCCAUCAGAAUUGGUAUGGAGACUGACUUGAGUGUCAACAAUGCACUUAUUGGAUUUUACAUAAAAUGUGGAACCAUAGACGAUGUGGAGGCCUUGUUUGAGAAGAUGGCCACGAGGGAUGUUAUCACUUGGACAGAGAUGAUCAGAGCAUAUGCAGAGUUUGGGUUGAUUGAUCUGGCUAUGCAGAUUUUUCAUAUAAUGCCAGAGAAGAAUUGUGUUUCUCGCAAUGCCCUUUUGGCAGGACUUUGUGAAAAUGGCAAAGCUUUUGAAGUGCUAGAUUUAUUUAUUAGUAUGGUGGAGGAGGGCUUGGAGUUGACUGACUACACCUUAACUACUGUUUCUAAGGCCUGUGGGUUGCUUGGACAAGGGAAACUUAGCGAGCAGUUGCAAGGGUUUAUUAUCAAGUUUGGUCUCCUGGCCAAUGCUUGUGUGGAAGCAGCUUUGCUUGAUAUGUGCACUCAUUGUGGGAGGAUGGUGGCUGCUGGAAAAAUGUUCAAACGAUGGCCUUUUGAGUGGGAUAGCUCUAUUAUUUGUACUUCUAUGAUAUGUGGGUAUGCACGUAAUGGGCUGCCCGAUGAGGCAAUAUCGCUAUUUUGCCGUUGUAAAGCAGAAGGGAGCAUAAUUCUUGAUGAAAUUGCGUCAAUUUCAAUACUUGGUGUUUGUGGAACUUUAGGGUCUGAUAGGAUGGGUGAGCAGAUUCACUGCCAUGUUCUUAAAUCUGGAUUAUUUUCAGAUUUAGAGGUAGCAAACGCGUUGAUCAGUAUGUACUCAAAGUGUUGGAAUAUGGAUGCUGCUAAAAAAGUCUUUAACAUUAUGCCUGCACAUGAUAUAGUUUCAUGGAAUGGCUUGAUUUCGGGGUUCAUUAUUCACAGGCGGGGAGAUGAUGCCCUCACUGUCUGGUCAAACUUACACAGUGCGGGGAUAAAACCUGACAAGAUCAGCAUCCUUUUAGCUAUAUCAGCUUACAAAUAUACUAAAAUGUUUCUGGGGAUUUCUCGAGCUGGCAGAGAAAACAAUCAGCAAUAUGCCUUUGAACCGGAGGCUUCAGUCUGGCGAGCUUUGCUUGAUGGAUGUAGAAUCCAUUCCAAUGCAAUUCUUGGUAAAAGAGUUAUAAAGCAUUUACUUUUGAUGGAACCGCGAGCUCCUUCCACCUAUGUGCUUGUCGCAAAUCUGUACUCUGCAUCUGGAAGAUGGCAUUGCUCUGAAACAGUGAGGAAAGAAAUGAGAGUGAAAGGGUUUCAGAAACAGCCUUCACGGAGUUGGGUCAUCCAUCAGAACAAGACUAUAUCAUUUUAUACAAGAGAUAAGUCCCAUUCCCAAGCCAAGGACAUCUAUAGCGGGUUGGAAAUCCUAAUUUCAGAAUGCCAAAAAGCUGGGUACGAGCCUGACACAAGUUUCGUUCUUCAUGAAGUUGGAGAACAUCAGAAAUUGGAUUUCUUGUUCUAUCACAGUGCAAAACUUGCUGCAGCAUUCGGUCUUUUGAUGAAUAGACCAGGAAAACCCAUCAAGAUUGUGAAGAACAUCAGCCUUUGUGGGGACUGCCAUCAGUUCUGA